AUGGACCAGCCGGUCGGGUUCAAGCCGGCGCUCGUGGAGCGCCUCCUCCGCAGCGCAUGGAAGCGACUUGCCGAGACCGAGGACGCCGAUGGAAGCGAUGACAGCGCCGACGACGACGACGCUGCCAUUGCCGACGGGCUCAAGGUCAAGAUCCAGCCCGACGCGGUGCCUGUCGCGGCCGAGUUCCUCCGCCUCUUUGUCCUGCAAGCGCUCGAGCGCGCCCAAGAAGAAGCCAUGAUCGACGGUAGCCCCGAGGUCGAGCCGCGCCACGUCGAGCAGAUUCUCGCCCUCUUGCUCUUGGACUUUUAG